UGCCCGCAGUCUUGCCAGAUGAUCCAAUGCCUGAUGACCCAGUGUCCGCUGUCAUACCUGGUGACCCGAUGCCCACUGCCUUGCUAGAUGACUCGGUGCCCGCUGUCGAGCCAGAUGACCUGAUGCCUGGUGACCCGAUGCCCGCUGUCGUGCCUGACGAUCCAAUGUCUGAUAACCCGGUGCCCGCGGUUGUACCUGGUUACCCGAUGCCCGCUGUCGAGCCAGAUGGCCCGGUGCCCGCCGCUCCAUCUGGGGGCCCGGUGCCCGCCGCUCCGCCUGGGGGCCCGGUGCCCGCCGCUCUGCCUGGGGGCCCGGUGCCCUGCCUGGUUGCCCGUCGCUCCGCCUGGGGGCCCUGUGCCCACCGCUCAGCCUGGGGGCCCGAUGCCCGCCGCUCCGCCUGGUGGCCCGGUGCCCACUGCCCCGCCUGGUGGCCCGGUGCCCACUGCCCCGCCUGGUGG